AUGGUCAGGUUCGAUUUCCCCGACAUCAUUAACGAAAUAGUCGAUUCUCUGAAGUACGAUGUGCAUACUCUGUAUGAUCUGUCCCUUGUUAAUCGGAGCUGGUGCACACUAGUGAUUCCCAGGCUAUGGGCAAAUCCGUUCAGCUAUACAUCUAACGCAGGCGGCCGGUCUGCUGAAGCACUUGUUAAAGUCUAUCUUAGCUGUCUACCUUCAUAUCAGAAAAGGAGUAUCAGCAAGUUAAUUGAUAUUCCCGAACGUAAAGUGUCAAUCUUCAACUAUCCAUCUUAUCUGAAGAUUCUUCCGCUCGAUUCCAUUACCGAUACUCUGUCAUAUGUGAAGAACCCAGGAUCCGACAUGAAGAGAAUAUACGUCGCACUGUUGAAGCUCAUUCUUCAAACAAGUUUUGGACUAAAAGAGGCAAGGUUGUUUGAAGAGAUACCAGCUGAGGUUAUACGAUAUACAGACUUACCUAAUAGUAUCAGAUCAAUCAGUAUUUCAACUAGAAUACCGAGCGCCAAAGCAUUAGUAUUUAUUUCAAGGCAGGUUCACUUGGAAGAACUUUUGAUAACAUCCACAACAAUUACAAAGAUUGAAUGUAUGACUGAUGAUAUACUGAAACAUAAGAAUACUCUGAAAACAUUAUCAAUAUGCUUGGCAAUCUUGCCUACCGAAAAUUAUCAUAUAAUCUUUAGCAUAGCCAGUCAGAUGAGAAGAUUAGAGAAACUUAUGAUUAGAGCGUUCUUUGGGAUCACUGACUGGCAAAUGAAACAGCUUUCGGAGGGUCUAAAGGAAUCUAUGAUUUAUAAAAGUCACACUGAGUUAUCGAUGACAUUUAUUGCUCGAGGAAAUUGA